AUGACCUCACAACCACUGCCACCUCUGGCUGAGGCCAAAAUCACAACGCUGCCAGCAUCUGCCUUCUACUUCCCAAACUUCAUAUCCGAGGAAGAAGAGGCCAGCAUCCUGCAAAAGGUACUGGUGGCGACGACAUGA